AUGGCCGAUUCUGAAGAAAAACUAUCGCAGGCGGAAGCGAUACUUCCACAAGAGGAAGCGGACUCUGUAGAGCAUGUGUCUAAGUUGUUUUCUCAAAUGGGUGCUAGACCUAAAGGUGAUAGUUUAGUUAAGUUAAGGAGUCAGAUGAUGGAUUUCCUUAAUUCAACAGGAGGAUUGGACACUGCUAAUCCGUCGAUGGCUGGACAAGGGGUAAGUGGAAAUGUUGUUUCUCAGGGUAUUGGUUCUACCACAGGCACUCUGGACACGAGAUUCUACAAGUUACCGUUAUUUUCUGGAGAUCAAGGAAAGGGUGAGGCUACUUUCGAUUUAUGGAAAUACGAAGUGCAAUGUCUGAUUGACACAGGUAAGUCACAGGAUGUCAUUGGGCAGUCUAUCCGAAGAUCUCUGAAGGGAACUGCAGCCAGAGUAGCCAUGCGGUUAGGAGCUAAUGCGACACCCGCACAGUUGAUCGCCAAACUUAGAAGUCUGUAUGGUAUAGUAGAUGACCAGGAGACUCUGUUGGAGAAUUUCUAUGCCGCACAUCAGCAACCCAAGGAAAAUGUGACUGAGUGGGCUUGUAGACUGGAAGACUUGUUGCUUAGAGCCGAUUCUGGUAUAGGACCUGCGGAACGCAAUAAGCGGUUGCACAACAAGUUUUGGUCUGGUCUGAGGCAAGACUUAAGAGAUGUUACUGGCCACAAGCAUGACUCCAUUGCUGAUUAUGAAGAACUAUGCAUAGCAGUAAGAUCUAUAGAAAGGACAAGAGACAACGAGAAACCAUCGAAGGCGACUGUUACUGUCAACUCAGCUGUUGAAGGGGAGGAGAAGGAGGAUUUGAGGUCUGUGGUCAACCAAUUGUCUGCUGCUAUUCAGAGGUUAGAGAAGCAGAUAUCCGAUGGUGGGACAACAUCGUGGAAGAACAACAGAGAUCACAGGAACAGGAAUAGAGGAAACUCUAACAACUACGGAGGAGGGUCUGUUUACCACUCUAAGCCGUCGCAAGAGAAGACUGACCAGGAUGAAGCGUCUUGGGACAGGAAACCUGAUAUCAUAUGUUGGAGACCUGAACAGACUGCAUUCAUUGGCUUUGCACCCAUAGACCUGAACAGACUGCAUUGA